GUGCCCUCACUGAACGCUGCCUGCUGUGCCGAGGGGCUGUAUGGCCAGGCUCCUGCCGUGUGUGUCCCCAGGUGCUGAUCCCCGUGUUCGCGCUGGGCCGCGCCCAGGAGCUCUGCAUCCUCCUGGAGACCUUCUGGUAGGUGCCACCGGGAUGGCUCUCUCAGGAGCCCCUGGCCCAGCCUGCACAGUUCAGUCGGUGGGCAGCCCUGCCCAGGGUGCUGGUGGCAUCUCAGCCCUGCUUGCUGCUGUCCUGGGGGGCUGCUUGUGUGCUGUGUGACCCCAGGAGGCCUGUGACGUCCGGUCAGCGUCACUGUCUGCGGCUCUUGUAGGGGUUCCUGGUCCUCCGCUGAGCCUGGCUGCUUUAGGGCUUAAUGGGACAUAGGCUGAGGGCACUGGCCUCCUGUGGUUGCGACUGGACUCAGCCCGGCCCAUGCAUGGGCUGUGCAGAUACAGGUGUGGGGGUGACCCGGCCGAGUCCUGCCCUGCAGUGUCCUCCCCUGUGGCCGCUGUGCUGACCGGGCCGGUGGUCCCCAGGGAGCGCAUGAACCUGAAGGUGCCCAUCUACUUCUCCACGGGGCUGACCGAGAAGGCCAACCACUACUACAAGCUGUUCAUCCCCUGGACCAACCAGAAGAUCCGCAAGACUUUCGUGCAGAGGAACAUGUUCGAGUUCAAGCACAUCAAGGCCUUCGACCGGGCUUUCGCUGACAACCCAGGGCCGAUGGUUGUAUUUGCUACGCCAGGGAUGUUGCACGCCGGGCAGUCCCUGCAGAUCUUCCGGAAAUGGGCCGGAAAUGAAAAGAACAUGGUCAUCAUGCCCGGCUACUGCGUGCAGGGCACCGUGGGCCACAAGAUCCUCAGCGGGCAGCGGAAGCUGGAGAUGGAGGGGCGGCAGGUGCUGGAGGUCAAGAUGCAGGUGGAGUACAUGUCAUUCAGCGCACACGCGGACGCCAAGGGCAUCAUGCAGCUGGUGGGCCAGGCAGAGCCGGAGAGCGUGCUGCUGGUGCAUGGCGAGGCCAAGAAGAUGGAGUUCCUGAAGCAGAAGAUCGAGCAGGAGCUCCGAGUCAGCUGCUACAUGCCGGCCAAUGGCGAGACGGUGACGCUGCCCACAAGCCCCAGCAUCCCCGUAGGCAUCUCAUUGGGACUGCUGAAGCGGGAAAUGGCGCAGGGGCUGCUCCCCGAGGCCAAGAAGCCUCGGCUCCUGCACGGCACCUUGAUCAUGAAGGACAGCAACUUCCGGCUGGUAUCCUCAGAGCAAGCCCUCAAAGAGCUGGGUCUGGCCGAGCACCAGCUGCGCUUCACCUGCCGCGUGCACCUGCACGACACGCGCAAGGAGCAGGAGAUGGCGUUGCGCGUCUACAGCCACCUCAAGAGCGUCCUGAAGGACCACUGUGUGCAGCACCUCCCGGACGGCUCUGUGACUGUGGAGUCCAUCCUCAUCCAGGCCGCUGCCCCUUCUGAGGACCCGGGCACCAAGGUGCUGCUGGUCUCCUGGACCUACCAGGACGAGGAGCUGGGGAGCUUCCUCACAUCUCUGCUGAAGAAGGGCCUCCCCCAGGCCCCCAGCUGAGGCCGGCAUCUCACCCAGCCACCACCUCUGCCCUCUCCCAGCUGGACAGAGCCGGGCCUGCACUUCAGACUGUGGGUGCCCUGAGUGAACAGACCCUCAGGUCCCAUCCCUGGGGACAGAGACCGUGUGUCAUGUGCCCACCCAGGCAGCUGUUUCCAGCUAAAGAGAAACUGGCCUCCGGGCUGUCUUGCCUUUAUUCCUGCUCCUGGGCCCCCAAACGAUGGUUAGGGCAGGGAGUCCCGGACAGCAGUUUCCAGUAAAAGCUGAACGAAAGGCUA